GAACUUACCUCCUCCCGCCUCCUCUCCUUCGACAUAUUCGGCACCUUGAUCGACUGGGAAUUAGGAGUCUUCAAUGCAAUCCUAACCACCCCCCACUUCUCCUCUCUCUCGCCUUCACACCCAAUGCGUGAAAUAAAAACUCUCCUUCCCGCAUACUUCACUGCCGAGAGCGCCAUCCAAGCCGCCAAUCCCAGCUUGCUCUACUCAGCGGUCGUCGCGGGCUCAUUCAGCCAGCUCGUCCGCGACUAUAACCUCUCCGUACCGGGCACCCCUGAGACUGAGCAAGAGGCCCUCCUAGAUUCCACGGCGAAAGGCGUAGGGGAAAGCAUCGGCACAUGGCCCGCAUUCCCCGACACUGUCGCCGCUAUGCAAGCACUCGGCAAGCGAUACAAGUUGGUGGCGCUCUCUAACAUCGAUGAAGCGUCCGUUGCGCGGACAUUGGAAGGCCCACUGGCUGGGAUGAAGUUCGACGCGGUGUAUACGGCCGAGAAGAUCGGUAGCUAUAAGCCGGACCCGCGGAACUUUGAGUAUCUGUUGGAGAAUGUGAAGAGGCAGUUUGGGGUGGAGAAGGGGGAGGUGUUGCAUGUGGCGCAGAGUAUAUUCCAUGAUCAUCAGACAGUGGGGAAGAUGGGGUUGAAGAACGUGUGGGUGGAUCGAAAGGCGGUGUUGGGUGGGACGGCGGCAAGUUCGCCGGAAGUGACGUGGAAUUGGACGGUUGAGAGUUUGGGCGAGCUGGCAGAGAUGGUUGAGAAGGAGGCAGCC